AUUUUUUAGAAUCAUAAUGAAGAGAUUUCUGGUAAAGAUAAAGCUGAAGAAAUUAUAGAUGACAUCUGUUUCGGAGGUAUAUAGGUCUGACGAGAGUUCUUUCUUCAAGGUGUAGCCAACUGCCAACAAGUCUCAUACUGGUGGAACAGUGAAAAAUAAAACCACCAUGGAUGGGUCCUUAUUUUAAACCAGUGGAUGGAUCAGUAGAGAGCACCAAAGGCAUGGAUAGAUCAUUAGAAGGGACUAUGGCUGCUGGCGUAUCUGGAGAAGUUACAAUGAAAGGAUGGAUUAAUGUGAAAAGCCACUGUGUUACACUGGAGCAGUAGUAAAUAACAAUGACCUUGAUGGAGCAGUGAAUAUUCAGUCAGAAAUAUUGAUGACAAAGAUGCAUCAGGAAGAAAUACAACUGAUUUGGAUGGAUCUCCAGAACUACUGGCAAUAUGGAUGGAUUAGUGAAAGUUGCUUCUGAGGCAACUGAAAAUUCUCAGUUAGAACCUAAGGUUGUUUUCAUUAAGCAGAGGGAUCAUACAAUUUUGAAUGUGCUAUGUGCAAGGGGCAUCUUUACUGCAAGCCCAUUUUGCAUAUUGUGGUCUCAUAGAAAGAAAUUGCUUGUUGAAUGUGCUUUCUUUACUGAAGCAGCUUACUAUUAUGAAAAGAACAAAAAUUACUAGAUGCAUCAUAAUCAGUCAGAGGUUUAUGACAUGGAAGAUGAGGGAUUCCUUGGGAAGAUCCAAAAUAGCAAAUAAGUAAUCUGAGGCUAAGGGAUCUUGAGGAGGACGUCACAAAGCUCUUCUUAGAUUUUCUUUUAAAAUAAGUCUGAAGAUCCACCAUUUGUUUAUGCAUUACAAAUUCAUGCAAAAGAAUGCUUGACCAACUUCUUCCGGGCUGAUACACAGUCAUGAAAUAAUCAUUGCUGCUUUGGUGAUGAAGUCUUGUUUGUUUAAACCCAUCCAACGAGCAGUGACAAGGGACAGUUUCGUCUUUUCUGAUUUGGUCCACUUGAAUGAAGUAUGAGCAGUCAAGAGAUUGCAAUCUUUGCAGGUGGGAGCAGCAUGUACCCAACUAAAUCCAUUAUUGGCUUCAUAAAUUAUGUCUACCCUCAUGUUUAUUCACCGACGGUCUUCCUGCAAGUUUGAGCACCACAUUUAGAACCUGCUGCAGUCUCAUCAACUAACUGUACUAUUCUUAGUGCAUUCCAUGUAUUUCUGAUGGAGAGGAACCUAUCGCAAUCAUGUAUUUGUGAAGUGGUACCAUCACUGGUACCAUUAAUGCAGUAGUUGGGGAUGAUCCCUAUUCAUCAAGCUGUUGUCUCUGUUAGCACAGGAUAAAAGCUUGAGGCAGAUCUGUUAAUCUUAUUUUGACAGCCAUGUAGCAAGUUUAAAAAUCCUGCUGAUGAACAGUGAUCAGGAUGACUUCCCUAAAGGCAUGACCGAUUUUUCAUGACUUCUACGUGUCCAGGCUAUGAUCACAAGGAGGAGACAUAAGGUGUGCAGAUUACAAAGGACAAAACAGUUGUUUGACACUGUAGGGACAAAUUCUAGGAAACCCGACAUUAAGCAAGAAGUAGGAAGAUCACACGUUUGGUGCCAAGUCCAAAUCUAUUUCUUCUGUUCGUCUACAGGUCUACAGAAAGAUUAGCUCCAGCCUUAAAAGUUGCAGACCUUCUUGGAAAGCGAGGCUUUUCCAGAGAUCAAAACAACUGUUUGAAGAUUUUUCUGAUUAGAAACGCCGUGUGAUUGAAGUUUUCUUCUUAAGAAGAGUAAGUACUACGUUUCUUGAGCAUGUCUUGCAGGACCGCCAAUGGCAUUCUAACGGAAUCAAGAAUUAACGACGAGGUAUCCCUUGUCACAUUCAUAAAAGACCAAGUCUCACCUUUCUUUGUCACAUACAAACUCAGUGGUUCAUCAUGAAAAUAUUUGGACCUAAUAUUCUGUGUUGCAAUCUCUUAGAUCACUUGCAUCUGUUAGUCUUGCAGGAGGACAGUUCAGACGAAACUACGCCGCAUGCCUCAUCCUUCCAUUUCACUCAAAACUUAUGAGACCACAGAAUUGGCAUGCUUUGUUUGCACUCUCAUCUAGUUGAUGCACUGCAACUGUGCCACCACCCACCUCAGGUACUCGGCCCUCCCCCCUCACCCACGGAAUUCGAAGGGAGAUAAGGUGUGUGAACUCGGAUUGUAGUGGGUGCCAGCAAUCCCGUUCGUCAUUAAUCUGCGAACGCUUUUGAAAGGGCUUUGGAUUUGUUUCGGGGCGUUCCUCCACGAAUGAGCUUGCCGGGGGCGUUAAUGCUCGCAGCGCCAUCGGUUGAUCUACCAAAUGUAUGGUGUGCGUAGUGCCACCGGGUGGUGAAUUUUGCUGUCUCUCGAGCUUUGAUGGCCAUGGCAAGUAACUCUCGAGUUAAGGUGGGCCAUCAGCUUCACCCACUAAUGAUCGACGUGUAUUUAUGCUGACAGAGCGAGAGAGAAGGAGAGAGAGAGCGGAUGAUUUCGAAGGCUUUCCUCGAGUCCCUUUACCUGUUCUACAGGUUCAUGCUAAAGAGACUGAGGAAUUCUUAUACAACCUACGGAAGAACACACAAGUGUCCUCCCCCGGACAAGCUCUCCACCCAGACCAUAGUAUGUGACAUGGAGGGAGCGCUUCUCAGGAAUUCCUCCACCUUCCCAUACUUGAUGCUGGUGGCACUGGAGGCGGGAGGGUUCUUGAGAGGCCUACUUCUCUUGUCUCUCUACCCCCUCAUCUCUUGCCUGAGCCGUGAACUGGCCCUGAGGCUCAUGGUCUUCGUUUGCUUCCUCGGUGUGAGGAAGGAGAGCUUCAGGAUGGGGCGAGCCGUGCUCCCCAAGUUCUUCCUGGAAGACGUGGGGCUGGAAGGCUUCGAGGUGUUGAGGAGAGGAGGGAGGAGGGUGUGCGUCAGUUCCAUGCCCACCGCUAUGGUGGAAGGCUUCCUUAAGGAGUACUUGAACGUCGAGGUGGUGCUGGGGAGGGAGCUGAAGGUGUUUGGUGGCUACUACACUGGUUUGAUGGAGGAGACCGAGGUGAAGGCUGGCUUGGCUUUGGAGGAAUUGCUUGCGGGUGGGAGGGUGACGGAAGACGGAAUCGUCGGAUUCGGAGGCUACUCCAGUUCUCUUCACCAGCAGCUCUUUACUUGCUGCAAGGAAGUCUACUUGGUGAGUGAGGUUGAGAAGAGAAGGUGGCAGCAGCUACCGAGAUCGAGCUAUCCUAAGCCCCUGGUCUUCCAUGACGGCAGAAUAGCGUUCAGGCCGACCCCCAUGUCCACCCUCUGCAUGUUCCUGUGGCUUCCCCUCGGCUUACCCCUCGCCGUCGCCCGGGCCCUCGUCUUCAUCUGCCUCCCCUACGCCCUCUCCACCCCUCUGCUCGCCACCCUGGGCAUGCGCAACCGGUGCGUCACCUCCUCAACGGCGCACCCCAAGGCGGACGGCGGUUCCCACGGCAGCAGGCAGCUCUACAUCAGCAACCACCGCACCCUCCUUGACCCCCUCUGCAUCGCCGCGGUCCUCCGCCGCAACGUCACCGCCACCACCUACAGCGUCAGCCCCAUCAACGAGUGGAUCUCCCCCAUCCGGACCAUCAGACUGACGAGGAACAGGGAGGAGGACAGGCGGCGGAUGAAGAAGCUGCUGGAGGAGGGGGACCUCGUGGUGUGCCCCGAAGGGACGACGUGCCGCGAGCCGUAUCUGCUCCGCUUCAGCCCGCUGUUCGCGGAGGUGAGCCAGGAGGUAGUCCCCGUCGCGCUGGAGGCGUCGGUCACCAUGUUCUACGGCACGAGCACCAGCAAGUUCAAGUACCUCGACCCCUUGUACUUCCUCAUGAACCCCUCCCCACGCUACGAGGUGGAGUUCAUGGGCAAGGUGGCCACCGGCUCCAUCGGUGGGAAGGAGUGCAGCAGCUACGAGAUCGCCAACCAUCUGCAAGGGCAGAUCGGAAGGCUUCUGGGGUUUGAGUGCACCAAUCUGACCAGGAAAGACAAGUACUUGAUGCUCGCAGGCAACGACGGGUUCGUCGAGCGAGACAUCAAUAGGAGGUGAUGUGUGUCCAGUCGUUUAAGUCGUAUGAUUAUUCUUUCGUGUAAAAGAAAAGAACAAACAAUACAACACAAACAAGGUUGUUA